GAGGAAACCGGGAGGAAUUGGAGGUGACCCAGGGCAAAAUGAGUGGGCUACUGGGCGCCAGGACCUGCCCAGGCCCGGGAGAAGCCUCUGACCUCAAGUCUCCCCGGGGCGCCAGGUUCAGGGAACCUCUCACCGAGGCCCGGUUCCAGCAGCUCUUCGGAGACGCGGAGCAGGAGCCGGAGCUCCUGGCGGAGUCCCGCUUGUCCCUGCUGUGCCGGCUGUGGAGACGGCGGGCCCGCGCCUGUUCCGGACCGGGGGCGUGGCGCCUGCUGCUGGCGCGGCUGCCCCCGCUGCGCUGGCUGCCCCACUACCGCUGGCGGGCCUGGCUGCUCGGGGAUGCAGUGGCCGGAGUGACCGUGGGCAUCGUGCACGUGCCCCAGGGCAUGGCGUUUGCCCUCCUAACUUCCGUGCCCCCAGUGUUCGGGCUGUACACUUCGUUCUUUCCCGUCCUCAUCUACACUUUGCUGGGUACUGGGAGACACCUGUCCACAGGAACUUUCGCCGUGCUCAGCCUCAUGACGGGCUCGGCUGUGGAGCGGCUGGUCCCCGAGCCCCUUGGGGGGAACCUGAGCGGAAUCGAGAGGGAACAGUUGGACGCUCAGCGGGUUGGGGCGGCUGCGGCCAUGGCCUUCGGGAGCGGGGCGCUGAUGCUGGGGAUGUUCGCGCUGCAGCUCGGCGUCCUGUCCACCUUUCUGUCCGAGCCUGUGGUCAAAGCGCUGACCAGCGGGGCCGCGCUGCACGUGCUCGUGUCCCAACUGCCGAGCCUUUUGGGCUUACCCCUCCCGCGCCAGAUCGGCUGCUUCGCUCUUUUCAAGACGCUGGCCGCCGUGCUGACCGCGCUGCCCCGGAGCAAUCCGGCCGAACUGACCAUCUCGGCACUCAGCCUGGCGCUGCUCGUGCCGGUCAAGGAACUGAACGUGAGGUUCCGAGACAGGCUCCCCACCCCGAUCCCAGGGGAAAUCGUCAUGGUGCUUCUGGCCUCCGUGCUCUGCUUCACUUCUUCUCUGGACACAAGAUACAACGUGCAGAUAGUGGGGCUGCUGCCUGGAGGAUUUCCCCGACCUCUCCUGCCCAACCUGGCUGAGCUGCCCAGGAUUGUGGCCGACUCGCUGCCUGUCGCACUGGUUACUUUUGCUGUGUCUGCCUCCCUGGCCUCCAUCUAUGCAGACAAGUAUAGCUACACUAUUGACUCCAACCAGGAGCUCCUGGCGCAUGGUGUCUCCAACCUCAUCUCCUCCCUCUUCUCUUGCUUUCCCAACUCAGCCACAUUGGCUACAACCAGCCUCCUAGUGGAUGCUGGUGGGAACACACAGCUGGCCGGCCUCUUCUCCUGCGCAGUCGUCCUGUCAGUGCUGCUGUGGCUCGGGCCCUUCUUCUACUAUCUACCCAAGGCUGUCCUGGCCUGCAUCAACAUCUCCAGCAUGCGCCAGAUGUUCUUCCAGAUGCAGGAGCUUCCACAACUAUGGCGCAUCAGCCGCGUGGACUUUGCUGUGUGGAUGGUCACAUGGGUGGCUGUAGUGACCCUGAGUGUGGACCUGGGCCUGGCCGUAGGUGUGGUCUUCUCCAUGAUGACCGUGGUCUGCCGCACCCAGAGGGUGCAGUGCCUUGCACUUGGACUGGCUGAAGGGACGGAGCUCUACAGGCCACUCAGAGAGCGCCACAAGCUCCUCCAGGUCCCGGGGCUCUGCAUCCUGAGCUAUCCAACACCACUUUACUUCGGGACCCGUGGGCAGUUUCGGCGCACCCUGGAAAGGCAUCUGGGGCUUAGAGAAGGAGGCAAGGAGACUCCAAAGACAGAUGGCCCACCUGAUGCAGUUGCUGAGCCUAUCAGAGUGGUGGUCCUAGACUGCAGUGGUAUCACCUUUGCAGAUGCUGCUGGGGCCAGAGAAGUGGUCCAGCUUUCCAGACGAUGCCGAGACGCUGGGAUCCAUCUUCUCCUGGCUCAGUGUAAUGCCUCGGUGCUGGGGACUCUGACCCAGGCAGGACUCCUGGACAGAGUGACCCCAGAACAGCUGUUUGUGAGUGUCCAGGAUGCAGCUGCUCAUGCCCUGGAGAGACUGGUGAGGGGCAGUAGCAACAAGAGUGGAAGCCGGGAGGUGCUGGGCUAUAGCAAGUGAGGCGUGAGCCAGUGGCUGAAGAUCCAGGCAGAGGGGUUUGGGAAGGGGGCUAAGGAGGAAGGUGAAGGAGAAAGGGGUGGGCAUGAAAUGAUUAGUCCAUUUAAGACGAAGCUACGAGACUGGCCCCAGCUGUGGGUGAAGAUCAGAAGAAACUAGGGUCCCCAGAGGGGUAAUGUGCCCCUCAGAAGACUGCCAAAUCUUGGGUGAGGGAGUUGGGCACCUACUCUACUCCUGACAUGUCCCCUCCCUU